CUCCGGCGGGGACGAGAGGCGGCACGGAGGCGCAUAGGGCGCCAUGGGUCCACCCAUGUUUGCUCCCAGUAGGAGGCCGGGCGCCCCCCCUGAACUGCUGGACACCGGCGAGGAGAUCAUCGCCAUCGUCACGCCCGUGUCCAUUUGCAUGCUCAUCGUGGUGUUUUUGGUCCUGAUGCUCAGAGUGGACAACCCGAACACGAUGCAGAUGCAGGGAGGCAUAGCCAUGGCCGCGUAUCAGGAGGAGGAGUCUGACUCGAACAGCGACAAGCUGGCGGGCGCCAUUGAGAAUUCCCUCGUGUUCGUCGCCUUCAUCACCGCCGCCACUUUCCUGAUAUUCUUCCUGUUCAAGUACAACUACACGAGGUGCCUGUGGGCGUACAUGGGAUUCAGCGGCUUGCUGAUAUUCGGCGUGCUCGGGGCUGCCAUCGGUUACGAGCUCAUCCAGACGCUCAUGAUACCCCUGGACAUCCUCACGUACUCCCUCUGCGUGUACAACGUCAGCAUCGUCGGUGUGCUCGCGGUGUUCUUCUGGCCCUCCCCGCUCGCGAUGCGUCAGGGGUACCUCAUCGCCAUCGCGGCCAUCGUCGCGUUUUAUUUCACCAGGAUCCCCGAGUGGACCACGUGGACUCUGUUGAUCGCGAUGGCCGUUUACGACCUGUACGCGGUGCUCACGCCGGGCGGGCCCCUGCGCGUGAUCGUCGAGCUCGCGGAGGAACGGAACGAGGAGAUCCCCGCGCUGGUGUACGAGGCGAGGCCGAUACGGAGGCCGGUGCGGGUGAACAGGGGCGGCGCGGGUGGCGGGGGGGACGAUUCCGAGUCGGCUCCGCUGGUUUCCCGCGGGUACGGCGCGUCGGGGGAUCUGCUCGGGAGUAACGCUCUGAUUGAUCCGGAGAGUAACGCUCCGGAGUACGUGGACCCGGUGCUGGGCGGGAAGCUGUUCGCGCUCCCGGACUCCAUCAAGCUCGGGCUCGGGGACUUCAUCUUCUACUCGGUGCUCGUGGCGAGGGCGGCGUUGUACGACACAUUCGUCGCCACGUCGUGUUUCCUCGCCGUGCUCCAGGGUUUAGUGGGCACGCUGUUCCUGCUGGGAGUGUACGAGCGGGCGCUGCCGGCGCUGCCGAUAUCGAUCGCGUUCGGUGUCUUGGCGUACUUCGGGUCGAGGUACGCGCUCGAGCCGGUCGCCAUGGAGUUCGCCAGCCAACUCGUCUUCCCGAUGUGAUGAGUAGCAAUCGUUUUUAGCAGUCCAGAAAAAAUC